GGCAUUGGAAAAAAGAGCUUCACUCGAAUUCAAGGUCACGUGGUAUGAGUUUCCAGAAAGUCGGGGAAUUCGAAAUUUUUGGCUGGUCGGUUGCCGGGAACGAGACCUGUGUUGCUGUACGUAAGAAUGGUCAAGUAUUCGGUUUCGAUGUUGGAUUUUCACCUAGACCACUCGUUUUUGCCGAUCAUAUGUUUAUUAGUCAUGGACAUGCAGAUCAUAUUGGGGCUAUUGCCCAGCAUAUGAAAAAGAGAGCCUUAAAUAAUCUAGGAACAGCGACGUAUUUCAUGCCAAAGCAUCUGGUCCCACAUGUGAAGACUAUUUGCGAUGCUUUCACUGUUAUGUCUGAAAAAGUUGACUCAGACUUUGUUGGUACUUUUGUUCCCGUUGAACCAGGAAAUAAAUAUAAGUUAUCGAAUAAUUGGCAUGUUGUUGUUCUUUCAACUGAUCACUCGAUUACUAGUGUGGGUUAUUUACUUUAUUCUCGAGAUUCUACUGGCAAAGAAGUUCCGGAAAUAGCUUAUUUAGGUGAUUCUAGAUUUACUGUUAUUCGUGAAGCGAAUUCACUCUGCCCAGAUCUUUUAUCAUCUCGCUUAUUGAUAAUGGAAGCAACAUUUCUAGAUAAUCCAGAUCGUAAGAUUGAAAGCGCUAGAAGUCAUGGUCAUACGCAUUUGGAUGAAAUUCGUCAGAAUGCUUCUUUGCUAAAGUCUGUUGAUUAUAUCUAUCUGAUACACUUCUCAGAUCGUUAUGGUCAUAAUGAUAUCAUCCGUCUUUGUCACAAAGAUAUGCCUGAUUGGUUAGUCAAUCGUAUUAUACCAUCUGUAACUGCUAAACAUUGUCUUGAAAGUAGAUGAUACUUAUAUUGAUAUUUCUUUUCUAUAAAUUUUUGUAAAUUUUAUGUAGUUUGUAUAAUUUACCGAUAAAAUAAAGAGAAAAGUUUUGAUUGUUUUAA